AACAAUAACUAGUAAAUAUUUCGUCUUUCUCUGACGUCAUAACAAACCUAUAGAUUAGCAGACCUGUAUAUUUGUAUACCUGGUGUACUCCUAGCGGCAACCAAAUUAACUGUAUUGUGACAUCGUCCUCGUUGCACGGACAAUAUGCCACUUUGGUCAGGGCGUUCAACUCGAGUGGCAGAUAGCCUAUUCAAUUAGAGCGGCGAAUAUUUCAAUCUUAUGUUUCAAGUCAUAGUAUUAUUUUGAAAAGUUAAAUUAUCCGAGUUUAUUAUAUAUGUGUUUAGUGGGCUGAAGAAACAAUAAUUGAAUAUUUCCAGCAGUGAAUUGUGGCUAUCUGCCACUUGGGGAAAAAUCUUUAACUCCUCCUACCACCUGAGAGGGACCGCGUUACGACCAAGUCAUCCAAGGGACAAGUUCUAAAAGCCAUGUAAUUUUCUUUUACUUCAUUAUGCUGCAUUUUGGAGAACUGCCAUGUUACUGUUAGCUGUGUAGCACCAUUCUGUGCCUAACUAGGGAUCGAAGACGUUACUGAGAAGUAGUAAGGAACACUUGUGGGGACAAUAUCAGGUCAAUCGGGUUUGUUUCGGGAACUUUUAUAUUUUAAAGUGCAAUAGUUACCUACAUAUACCAGUAUACUUAUACAUUUAUCUUUUUUAUAAUAUCCAGAACAUUUAAUUAAUUAACAUACACAUAAUUCAAUAGCGCUUCCACACCUGUAUGUCUCUUUGUAAAAGAGGAUAAUUUGGGCCCAAAUAACCUUUUCCCAUACAGUAGUUUCUUACAUUUAUUUUUUUUUAUCACCAUUAUUAGACUUGUUUCCCAUAUUUUGCAUAUAACUAUAUAUAUUUUAAUAUCAUUAGCUUGUUUUUUUUAUGUAAUUUAAAUUUAAAAUUUUGUUUACUUAAUUUAAAUUCAUUUGUAAUUAAAUUAAAUUCACUCCCUAAUCCCUAUCCCCUCAGGAUAGCUUUUAGUUUCACUUGUUAAUUAUUCAGAACCACGAGUCAGCAAAAGGAUCUCUUGCAUCCAGGACUUCGUUGGUUCACUUAGGAGCUUGUUGCCCGUCAACUCAUUGAGAGUUAUAUAUAUUUAUUAUUUAUAUUACUGAGGUAUUUUUAUUAUUCAUAUUUCUAUAGGAUUUGACGUUGUACGUAUUAUAAUCGUACAAUUAUUUGGUGAAGGUUGUUAUUUAACCUAGUAUAUGUAAGUUGGGGGUACGCUCCAUAUAAGAGCUACUCCAGUACUAAUGUAACUAUAGUUUUAUACUUAUAUUCUUAUAUAUUUAUACUAAGAUAGGUAAUUGAGUCAAAUUGUCAUUUUAGAGUUACAUAGUUUCACUUGUCAUAACUCAGAGGUUGUCAAUAAUCUAGGUAGUUAUAUUUAAUAAAUAUUUAUUUGUUUUGCAUAUCAAUUAUUUUUUUUUCCAUUUUUGAAUUCAAUAUAUUUACUAUUUAACAGCAGUGUACAAUACCUGGAAGUUUGGUCCAUUCCAACUUCUGGCGCCCAUAAUUCCGUCUAUUUUAUUUAUCUUCUAUAUUCUUCUAUUUUUAUUAUAUUAUUAUAUUUAUCUAAUUUAUUUUCUGAACAUAUAUUUUUAUCUUAAGAUUUCCCUUUUCUAGUCAUCAUCUCUCUUUAGGUUGAGCUACUGUUCUUCGACAGGCAUGCAAAUGAGCCGUACCCAUCCUUGAGUGUCAAGCUGUUCUUUUGCAUCUCUUGCUAGCCAAUUCUAUUUAGUUUGCCUCUGUCUCCCCAUACUUCUAUUAUCAGUUCCUCACCCACUUACUCAUUUAACCUUAGCAUCCUAGUUCUACAAAUACUACUGCAAAGUAGUAUUUUUGUUACAUCGGCAGCCCAACUUGGUGCCAACCUUUUAGAGGUUCUAAGACAGUAGUUCUUUUAGUUCAUUUUUUUUUUCUUUUACUUAUAUUAUUCCCUUCUGAUAUCUUUUAUACAUUCUGUUCUGAUUUAUUUUGUUUUAAUUACUUAUUAAUACUUAACAGGUAUACUGUCACUGCUGUAUCUAUUAAUUAGUUGAGAUUUUGAAACCUCUUUUAUAGUUUGUCAUACAGCUUACAUUCUAGGUUGAAUUUGAAACGAAGUAUAAGUAACUAACAUAUAUAUUAUAUUAUUGCGAAUUUUACUCCUUCAGGCAGUGGUGUAUUUGUAUGUACAGUUGAUCGUUAAUACUUACAUAUUUUUUUUUUGGUACAAGUAUAAUAACUAAAAUUUUUUUUCCAAUAUUUAGGUACUAUAUUUACUUGAUUAUACCUUAUUUACUGUAUUUAUUUGAUAUAUAUAUUUUGCUGGCCAUUUUUGAUUUUGUUGGUGUGUUGCUAAUAUUUUCUCCGUACCUAUAUAUUUUGCGUAGAAACUUAAGUAUAUUUCGGAUUUCUGACUUUUGGAUUGCUUGUCAAUAGUUUUUGCUUUCAUCAUGUGUGCUUUUAAAGUUGAACAUCUUCUGGUGGACGAAUUGGACUAUGAGUUGAAAAUUAGGGACGUAGUACCAGAGGAGUCAGCAACCGUCGAUAGAAAACGCAAUCUUCUGCGGGGUGCUUUGAAGCAAGAAGCAGGCAAUAGGAGUUUCACCCAACUUUCGGCUGUACAUAUCCCUUUUGAGGACCAACGGAAAGGAAUAUCCGAAACGUUGGAUAGCUUGUCGAAGAAAAUAGAGAAGUUUAGGGGAACUGUACAGGACAAUGAAUAUGUUAGAUUAAUAUCUCGUCUAGCUCAUAUUUCUGGCCGGGUACACUUGUUACAGUGUACUACGGAAGAGCAGGAAUCUUUUAAAAAGUCUGUUUCUCUUAAAACCCUUACAUUGGACGGUGAGCUUGAUUCUAAAGUUAACCCCAUAGCCACAUCUACUCCUAAUGCUCCAGUCAGUGUCGUUCCUAGUUUUACAUACUCCAAACCCGUUCAAGUACACAAAUGGGGUGUUUUAUUUUCCGGUGAAAAACAGCACACGGAUGUGAUUUCAUUUUUAGAAAAGGUCGAAUGUCUUCGAGUAUCUAGAGGUGUCUCUGAAGAAAAUUUGUUUGCUGCCUCAGCUGAAUUGUUUACCGGUCCUGCUUUUACCUGGUUCAUGAAUAAUAGAGGUAAUUUAUCUUGUUGGUCUGAUCUGGUUCGCAAGUUGAAGUCAGAUUUUCUUCCUUACUCAUACCAGGAUGAUCUCUUGGAUGAAAUCAAAAACCGUAAGCAGAAGCCAGGGGAGUCUGUAACUAUGUUCAUUAACACUAUUUUAGGCAUGUGUAGCCGUUUAGACACUCCUUUAUCUGAUUUGUCCAAAAUAAAAAUCAUCUUAAAAUGUUUAUUGCCUUUUUACCAUCAACAGUUAGCUCUUAUGGACAUCCAGAGUAUUGAUGACCUCACUGUAAAGUGCAAACGUUUGGAGGAAACGUUAUCCUGGUCUUCUCAGCCUCCAUCCACAUCUCGACCCUCUUCUAAUUCUUCUUCUCAGCCAACUUCCUUUAGACAACGUUCUUGGCAAAAUAAGGGCCCUGAACGUAAUGUUUCUGUUUUUAGUUCCGUUGUUUGCUGGAAUUGUCACCAGUCUAAUCAUAAGUUCAAUGAUUGUGAUAUCCCUCAAACUCGUAUUUUCUGCCACGGUUGUGGUAGGGAAAAUACCCUCAAAAGAAAUUGUUUCAAGUGUUCGGGAAACGAAAUGUCGGAGGUCCGUCCCCUGAGCGUUUCUCCGUCCACCUCCCAAUCAGGGAAUCAAACCCCAUCAGAAAACGAGACCGCUGGCCCAAGCACACCCAGCAAGUCAAACCCAUCUUCCAAUCGGAAAGGGAAGAAAGCAUCGUUCAGGAAACAAGCACACACCACAAAUCAAAAUCAGUCCAGAAAUUAACUUUUAGUCAUGAUACGUUGAAC